AUGGACCCGCUACCUGAAUUAACUCCUUGUUUCGUUCAUCCAAAUAUAUACAAGCUGGAAAUAGAUUCUGCUUCCUUAAAUGAACUUCUUCAGUUGUUUUGCCUGGAUAUUUUGCGUGGAUGUACCUUUUCUAACGUCGAAACUUUUCUUGUUGAAUAUGUUACAAGCAUUAUAGAACCUGUUGGUUGGAAAGCAGUUUGGCGAUCAACAAAAGAAUCAUCUGCUUUUAAAUUUGAGUGUGACUUUAUUGUUGAGGUGAUUAAUGUUAGCUUAGAAAAACUGGAAGCAGAUGUUUAUGUAAGAAGUGUCAUUAUAGAAAAUUCUGAUUUAUCAAUUUUAGAAACCUUAAAAACCAAAAUAAACCCUGAGAAUUUACUCACCGUUCCAUUAAUAGAAUUAUUUACUAUAAGUGAAAAUGAUGAAGAGGAAUUAUAUGCCAAGACUGCAACUUGUAUUGAGCAUGUCAGGCUGUUCAUGACGCAACUUGCUCGUCCUUGGGAUGGAGAUGAUGAUGAUAUCUCAUAUACUGAAAAAAUAUUGAAACCACGCCUACAGUUGUUCUUUGACAUGAAGAAUAAUAUUUUACCUAAACCUGUAAUAACUAAGAUACAAUUAAUCCUCAAGGAAGGUUGGAAAAUAUAUAAGGAUUUAGAUGCCUUAUACACAGAAAUGAAUAUCAGCGACUCUGAAGCAGAGAUAAAUGAUGAUGAUUUGAUGCAUUCUAUGUCUUUAAGAACUAGACUUGGGGAACUGCAAGCAAAAUUGGAGAUGCUAGAAAAUCCAAUCAUUAGAUCUCUGGUUAUGAAAAAGUAUGUCCCUAGAAAAUCUUUCAAAUCUCAAAUGAGUUCUAAGGCAGGCCCAGUGACAUUUAUAAUUGCUAAAGAAUUUACAUUUGAAGUCAUCAAAAAUUUAGAUCUUGGUCCAACAACAGUUUUGGAAUUCGAGCAUAAUCCAGAAAGUGCAUUCAAGUGCUGUUCUUCUGGAGACAGAAUUCUAAUAUUCCCUGGAGUUUAUCAAUGUGACAAUCUGGGAUGGUUAGAAGGAGAUGUGUCUAUUUAUGGUGUUGGUGCUUGCACAGAUAUAGUUCUUGAAGCUACUGGAAAUAGUGAUGUAUUUUUGAACAGCUGUGCACAAAACUUAAGGGUUGAAAAUCUGACCAUUAAAGCUAAGUCUGGACUUCUGUGUGCAUUACUGGUUCAUCAUGGAACUUUGUCUUUGAAAGACUGCAUCAUUGAGUGCAAUAAAUCUGAUAUAGGAAUAUUGUUACUGGGAGGCUCUUCAGCAACUGUUGAAAAUAGCAUUGUCUGCAAUGCUGCCAAAGAUGGCAUACAACUAAGAUCCCUGAGCACUUUGUGUCUUAAGUCCUCUAAAAUCUUGCAAUGUGAGAGACAUGGUUUACAGAUAGAUGUGGAAGAUGGGAAUUCAAGCUCUAAUUUCACUGAUGUUGAAGUUUUUGAUUCCCAAAUUACUGAAAAUCGUGGCCAUGGGUUGUUCCUGAAUAAUGCUCCGAUCUCGGAAAUAUGUCUUCAAAGGCCAGACGGUGAUUUUAGUGUGCUUAAACUCUUUCCUUGGCUAAAGCACAAAAUAGAAAACUCUGUUACAGAGGGAAACCUACAAGCUGGAAUAGGAGUUUCUUCAGCCUGCAAAUCACAUAACAGUGUAACAAGACUUACUUCAAGAUUGUAUCCAUCUAUUCCUAAGGAUGAAGAACAUAACUGUUCCGUACUCAGUGAUAUUCUAAAUGAAGUCAGUAUGGUUGAUUUAAAUACUGCUAAGUACUACGACUCUGUUUUCGACUGAAAAAAUAUUUGAAAAACCAUGCAAGAUCAAAGAUAUUUUGGCAGCUUUUUUGCAUUUAAAAUUUAAGUGUUUAAAUUAAUUUUGGUAGCUGUUUAUUCUGUGUGUUGAAAGUGAGAAAAGCAUUGAUGCUCAGUGUAUAGAUUGUGAGGAAAAAAAGCAUUUAAUUUAUUUUAUUCAAAAUAUUUAAAAUUAAAUGUGUUUUUAAUUGUUAUGACAAAAUUUCAAAAUUUCAUUGUCUUGUUCUUAGUUUAUAUGUUGACUUUGUUUAAAAGAGUUUGAUUUUGUUUUUAUGUCAGAUCUUUUACAAAAUAUAGAUAACAUCAAAGUGAAGAAGAAAAUUUUAAAUUUAGCCGAAAGCUCACUAUUUCACAAAUAUAAAUCUACAAGUCUUGGUCAGAGUUUCGCCAACCUCUCUAAAGAAAGUAAGAAAAAAAAGUAUGACCUUAACAAUUGAAUAUGGGUGUUAUUUUAUGAAUUUUAAAAAGAUAUGAAUUCAACUUAUGUUUUUAGCUUUUUUGUUUUGUACAAUUUAAUUACUUAACAAGUCACAUAGCUUCUGUUACUUAUAAAACGGGAGUUGUAGCCCUGCUGCAUUACUGUAAGUGAUGGGUUUAGUAUUACGAUACAACAAACUUUGCAGAGACAUAAAGACAUAUUUUUAAUAGCAUGUGUGUAAAUAUCUAUUUAGUGCAUUUAUAUGAAACAUACAUACUCUUUGCAAUUUACUGAUAAUCAGAACACUCUCAUGAUUUUACACAUUAGCUAUGAAACAAUAUAAAUAUUUUUUAGACAUAUUUUAUGGUUUAAUGUAAUUUGUUAAUAUAUAACAAUAUUUUUGUGUGUUUUGAGUCAAAUGAAAUGUUAACUUUUAUGAAUAGAUUUAUUUUUAUAAAAUUUUGUUAGCAUUUAAAAUCCAAUCUUGUUAAAUAUUAGAGAUUUGGAUCAAUUCAUACCUUGCUAUCUCUUGCAGUUCUAGUCAAAUUUUUCAUAUUCUUGCUGGACAUCCACAUGUUUAAAAGGAAACUAUGAAAAAGUUAUACAUUCUUUAUUGUGAAAAUGUCACUUUCCUUGCGACUUCAAAAUAAUAAAACUCAGUGGAUAAUGCAUUAAAAUAUAUGAGAAAAGAUGAAAUAUAUUUAUAAAGUUACAACUAUAUAUCUGUAUGAAUUUCAAAUUUUUUAUGUAAACUUGGAUUCUUAUGUUUUUUGUGUAGUGUUAGAGUUUAGUGUUCUUCUGUAAAAAAUAUUUUGUUAGUUCUUUUAUUAGUUUAUUAUAGGAUUUAGUAAAAUUUACCAUCCCGCAUAAUAUAUAUAAAAUGAAAAGUUUUAAACAAUUAUUUAUUUGUAGAAAAAAAAUAUGUAUAUAGUAAAAUAAUACAUGC